AUGUUGCCUCCGCGAAUUGAAGAGGCACGUAUCACGCCCUCAUUAGCAGACUUUGAUCACUACCUGCACUAUGAUUCGCACCUUGAGAUUGGGGAGUUGUCAGAUUCUGCGGACUUCUUCAUUUCAAACAUCCUCCAAGAAUUAUGCGAGCCUGAGAAAAUAAAUAUGCCUGAAUACAUCAGUCAAUCAAUUGAUCCAAGUCUUCAAACGCCGAAUAUCCAGUCCUCAAGCGCUUCGCAUGGCAACAAGCAGCAACAAAAGCCCACCGCCGAUGGGCUCCAACACAACCUGGACGUUGCUUUCGUACAGCUUUUUAUUUCUUCUAGUUGUGCUCCCCCAGUGGAAUGUCUCGCCCUUGACAGGUCUUUCGAGUUUGCCACCAGUCUACUUAUCGUAGAUGAGCAGGACCUAAGAGAAUACUGGUUAUCGUAUUCUGCAACCUUCCACAAGCUACUGCCAGUGAUCCACAUGAGUAGCUUGGAGUUUGACCCUGCUCCUUCUUUACUACUUGCGACCAUCACCGCGAUAGGAGCCGACUACCUAGCCGGUGGCAAGCCUCAAAGAUACGCCUCUGCCACUUACGAGAGGCUUUUCGGCUUUCUUGCUGCACCAAAUGAUUGCAUACAAGCCGAAUGUCCACAUUGCUUGUUAUUACUUGCAGCAACAUCUCUUCUAUGCUACCGUAUCUUAGACCACCGGAACCUCCUCUUUUUCACUGCAGCCCUGGGACUCAUGAGCCGUCUGACGGACGAAGCUGCGAGAUUGGGGGUAUUCUCUGUUCCAGAUAUGGAUCUCAUGCCCCAGGAGGAAUUCUCCACGGGAGAAGAUACUCCAGUUCAAUACUCUUCCACUGGGAAUAUUCGAAACACAACAGAGCUCAUCACUACAGCGGUAUUGAAAGACGAAAUACCUGAAUGGAGGAAAUGGGUGGGCAACGAACAGCAGAAGCGACUCGGCUGGGCAGUCUUUGCAGCAGACCACCUCUCUUCACUGCUCACCAACAGUCCUUCCCGAAUCCUCGAGACAGACCUGAAAAUCUCCAGCCCCUACCGCGACGCUUUUUGGGACGCCGGAAGUGCCAAACAAUGGCGCUCACUUUUUCCCUGGACGCCCUCGCCCCCACCACCGCUUCCGUUCGCCGGCAUCGUUCGCAAUAUAAUCCUGGGAGAGUUUCCUCUGAAGAAGCUAUCCGACUUUCACUUGGAUUUGUGCAUCUAUGUCUUUGAAAUGGCCGUUCUGGGACUUGGAGGUUCCCACAUCCUGGGCUUGAAUGAGCUUCAGCUGAGAUCUCUCCCGGAGUGA